AUGGCCAAUGAGAAUCACGGCAGCCCCCGGGAGGAAGCAUCCUUGUUGAGUCACUCCCCUGGCACCUCCAGUCAGAGCCAGCCCUGUUCUCCAAAGCCCAUCCGCUUGGUGCAGGACCUCCCAGAGGAGCUGGUGCAUGCAGGCUGGGAGAAGUGCUGGAGCCGAAGGGAGAACCGCCCCUACUACUUCAACCGAUUCACCAACCAGUCCCUGUGGGAGAUGCCCGUGCUCGGCCAGCACGACGUGAUUUCGGACCCUUUAGGGCUGAAUGCAACCCCCCUGCCCCAAGACUCAAGCUUGGUGGAAACCCCCCUGGCUGAGAACAAGCCCCGAAAGCGGCAGCUCUCGGAAGAGCAGCCCAGCGGCAAUGGCGUGAAGAAGCCCAAGAUUGAAAUCCCCAUGACGCCCACGGGCCCGUCAGUCCCCAGCUCCCCCAGCAUCCCAGGAACCCCAACGCUGAAGAUCUGGGGCACGUCCCCUGAAGAUAAACAGCAGGCAGCUCUCCUCCGACCCACAGAGGUGUACUGGGAUCUGGACAUUCAGACCAACGCGGUCAUUAAGCACCGGGGGCCUUCGGAGGUGCUGCCUCCGCACCCCGAGGUGGAGCUGCUCCGCUCGCAGCUCAUCCUGAAGCUCCGGCAGCACUACCGGGAGCUGUGCCAGCAGCGAGAAGGCAUUGAGCCCCCCCGGGAAUCCUUCAACCGCUGGAUGCUGGAGCGCAAGGUUGUGGACAAAGGCUCUGACCCCCUGUUGCCAAGCAAUUGUGACCCGGUGGUGUCACCUUCCAUGUUUCGCGAAAUCAUGAAUGACAUUCCCAUCAGGUUAUCCCGAAUCAAGUUCCGGGAGGAGGCCAAGCGUCUGCUCUUCAAGUACGCAGAGGCGGCCAGGCGGCUCAUCGAGUCCAGGAGCGCGUCUCCUGACAGCAGGAAGGUGGUCAAGUGGAACGUAGAGGACACCUUCAGCUGGCUGCGGAAGGACCACUCCGCCUCCAAGGAGGACUACAUGGAUCGCCUGGAACACCUGCGGAGGCAGUGUGGCCCCCAUGUCUCGGCCGCAGCCAAGGACUCCGUGGAAGGCAUCUGCAGCAAGAUCUACCACAUCUCCCUUGAGUACGUUAAACGGAUCCGAGAGAAGCACCUUGCCAUCCUCAAGGAAAACAACAUCCCAGAGGAGGUGGAGGCGCCCGAGGUGGAGCCCCGCCUGGUGUACUGCUACCCGGUGCGGCUGGCCGUGCCCGCGCCCCCGGUGCCCAGCGUGGAGAUGCAUGUGGAGAACAGCGUGGUCUGCAUCCGGUACAAGGGCGAGAUGGUCAAGGUCAGCCGCAACUACUUCAGCAAGCUGUGGCUCCUUUACCGCUACAGCUGCAUCGACGACUCCGCCUUCGAGAGGUUCCUGCCCCGGGUCUGGUGUCUGCUCCGCCGGUACCAGAUGAUGUUCGGCGUGGGUCUCUACGAGGGCACGGGCCUGCAGGGCUCCCUGCCGGUACACGUCUUCGAGGCCCUGCACCGGCUCUUCGGCGUCAGCUUUGAGUGCUUCGCCUCACCCCUCAACUGCUACUUCCGCCAGUACUGUUCCGCCUUCCCCGACACAGACGGCUACUUCGGCUCCCGCGGGCCCUGCCUGGACUUCUCCCCGCUGAGCGGUUCUUUUGAGGCCAACCCUCCCUUCUGCGAGGAGCUCAUGGACGCCAUGGUCUCUCACUUCGAGAAACUGCUUGAGAGCUCGCCAGAGCCCCUGUCCUUCAUCGUGUUCAUCCCCGAGUGGCGGGAACCCCCAACCCCAGCGCUCACCCGCAUGGAGCAGAGCCGCUUCAAGCGCCACCAGCUGGUUCUGCCUGCCUUCGAGCACGAGUACCGCAGCGGCUCCCAGCACGUCUGCAAGAAGGAGGAAAUGCACUACAAGGCCGUCCACAACACGGCCGUGCUCUUCCUGCAGAACGAGCCCGGCUUCGCCAAGUGGGGGCCCACGCCCGAGCGGCUGCAGGAGCUGAGCGCCGCCUGCCGGCAGUCGGGCCGCAGCCACGGCUCCAGCGGCUCCGCAUCCUCGGAGGCCAAGGACCGGGACUCAGGCCGGGAGCAGGGCCCAAGCCGAGAGCCGCACUCCACUUAA